GUGUGCGUUUCGUUGUGAAUGGCAACACACCGUUAUCGCUGCUAAAGUUAACAAAAAGUGCAAUUUAAAUAGUAAAUAAAUGUUUAAGGAUUGGGAAAUUGUGGCAGUUGUGUUUAUUGAAUGCUAACAUAUGUGCAACAAUCAAGUGGCGCGUGAGGAGCGUAUAUAUUCAAAGAGACGCCCACACUGCUGUUGACGGGUCGGCUAAAGCAAAGAGAGGGAAAAGGCGGGUAGCGCAAGAAGAAGCAGAGCAAGCAAUCAAGUGGCAACGACAACAACAGCAGCAACAACAACAACAAGAACAAGAACAAAAAGCUAAGCUGCCACUGCGGCAGCGCCACAGGCGAAAUGCAAAAAGUUAAUUAGCGUGAACAAAAUCACCACACAGUGGGUGGUCAGCCACAAAUUGUGCAUGUUGGUCAAUGCGUGGGUGGCGACAGGAACUGGAAGUGGUACGGGAACUGGAACUGAAGGGACAUGGAGUUCGCUGAUCUGAUAAAAACACCCAAAUUGGAUGGGGUGUUUCUGCAUACAACCAAUUCGAAUUCAGCAAAUGCAACAGUUGAAGGCACCCUGUGCAUAACGGGUCACCAUUUGCUGCUCAGCGCACGCCAAGAGAACAGCCAGGAACUAUGGCUGCUGCACAAGAACAUCGACAGCGUGGAGAAGAAGCCAAGCAUGGGUCAGAAUAUUGUCAUGGGCGGCAUUAUAACGCUGAAGUGCAAGGAUCUGCGCAUUAUAGCGCUGGAAAUCAAGUAUGCCAAAGACUUUUUCAAUGUGUCCGCUUCCCUCGAGGCACUGAGUGCAAUACAGAAUCCCGAGCUGGACUAUCCCUUUUUCUACAGGCCCAUGUAUACCAUACUAGAGGAUGGCUAUACCAUGUUUCGACCGGAACUAGAAUUCGCACAACUGAUAAGCGGACUGAGCAUGGGUGGCGCCUCAUCGCCCAAUGUGGCAAAUAUAACAAUAUGCACGCCUUCGACAUCUGCUGCCUUUGGUAGCUGCAACAGCAUUCCCCAUCCCCUGCAGAACGGCUUUGCUUUGGACGCAGCAGCUGCAUUGGUGGGCAGUGGCUGCAGUGGCGUCUCUGCCUGCGAGUGGCGUGUUAGCCACGUCAACAAAGACUUUGGCGUCUGUGCCACAUAUGGCGCCACACUGAUUGUACCUAAAGCAAUUAGCGAUGAGCAAAUAGCGCUCUCCGCUGCCUUCCGAGACGGCGGACGUUUUCCUGUGCUCAGCUACAGACAUGAGAAUGGCGCCACGCUUAUGCGUAGCUCACAACCGUUGUCCACCCAAGGCAUCAAACGUUGUCGCGCCGACGAGGCGAUACUCAAUCUGGUGCUGGGACGCAGCAAAAAGGGCUUCAUUGUGGAUACUUGGGGCAAGGGCAAGUCGAACACGGAGACAGACUUGCAUUACUCGCAGUGGAAGAAGGUGAAUCGCGCCAUUGGCAAUGUCAGCUCACCUGCAGCUAUUCUGGACAGUUUUGCCAAGCUGAUUGAGGCCUGCAAUGACACGGGCUGCACCACGGAUAAGUGGCUAACUCGCCUGGAGAACAGCGGCUGGUUGAGCCUAGUACUCAAUUCUUUGAAUGCCUCUUGUGUGGUGGCACAGUGCCUGGAUCAGGAGGGCAGUCCAGUGCUCGUGCAUGGCGCAAAAGGUCUGGAUUCAACGCUGAUUGUUACCUCACUCGUGCAGAUCAUUCUCAAUCCCGACUGUCGAACUGUGCGCGGUCUACAAGCCUUGAUAGAGCGGGAAUGGAUCCAAGCGGGUCAUCCGUUUGCGUCGCGUCAUCGUUACUCUUGCUACACGCCGCAUCAGACCCGCAACAAGAAUUCGGGCGCCACUUUUGUACUCUUUCUGGAUUGCAUCUAUCAAUUGUACACGCAGUUCCCCUGUAGCUUUGAGUUCAGUACCCAGCUGCUCAUAUUGCUGUUUGAACACAGCUACUUCUCGCAAUAUGGCACCUUUCUGUGCGACUCGGAGCGGGAGCGACACGAGCUGCAAGUGCACACAAGAACCACGAGUCUGUGGUCUUAUCUAAAUCGACCAGAUGUAUUGCAAACUCUGCUAAAUCCACUAUACGAACCAAAUGCUAGUGUGAUUUGGCCUUCUGUUGCGCCAAUUAGUUUGGAAUUGUGGAGCGAACUCUAUUUACGUUGGGUGAUCGAUCAACGAAAUUUAGCGACGACAAUGGCGCAAAUUCAAGAGCUGGUUACAAGUGAAAAGGAGCUAAGAACUCAGGCUUUAAAACUGCGCAAACAGGCCUUGGAACUAAGCCAGGAAGUCAUGACACUGAUUAACGAUGUGGAUGACGCAUAAAGUUGUUGGCUACCUCAUCGCGCAGCUAUCUCUGUGUCUCUCUAACUAUAUAUUAUAUACAUACAAGAUAUACACUUAUUUUUGAUACUUUCUGUAGCCAUUUUAAACGAAUUAUUUAAGCAAAUCUUAUUUUGUAUACAAAAUUCAAUACAUAACAAAUAAGUCUCUAAAAGUUCCAUUUAGAAAUUGUGCUGAAAGAAUAUUAUGAACAAAAACAAAAAUUGAUCUGAUUUUGGAUCAAAUCAGGCUAUCACUUAAUAUUUCUGACUUAAGUCCAUUUAAAUUUUAAAUCUUAUAUUGUCUCUCUUAUUGCAACUUGUAAUGCGCUUUAUUUCUUAUUGUCUUUAAAAAAAAAAGAAAUACAAAUGUAAAAUGAUCAAAUGUUUAAAAAUUUGAGUCAAUUUUUGACGCAUUUACUUAUAUGGAAUUUUUAGUGAAAUAAGUCUUCAAUUUACUAAUUAGUACUUAAUGAUGAUUGAUGAAUACAGCUAAGCCAGAGAUCAAAUUUAGCAUUGUAAAAUUCAAAGAUUUGCCUUUUUCGAAAUGUUGGUAUUUUGUAUAUUUUGAUUGAAUCGCAUAAAUUUAUUGCUUGGAAAGCGUUUAUAAAUGAAUAUAUUGAUAAUUGAAUUAAGCUGUAAAUGCGUUGUUCUAAAUUUGAUUAUCCAAGUAUGUAUGUAUUAACAUAAAUGUUUGUAGUUAGUAUGGAUGCAUUAUUAAUGUGUUUGUUUCGAAUUGUGAUCGUAUUUGAAAUCAUUGACAUUAUGUAAUUUAUAUGCAUAUAUAUUUAUAUAUCUAUUGUGCGUAUUUUGAGUGUACUAUGCUAAUUAAUUUUAAAGUGCAAUAAAUACGUAUUAUUUUGCAAAAUA